GACGUCAAACCCCCUCUCAAUUUGACAAUUCUCCCCUCCCUCUGACCAUAAAAUAGGAAGAGCAUGCAGUGAGCUUCAUGCACUUACUUCAUGCUCCUUCGACUGGUGCACAUCAAAGUGUCUGCUUCUAGCUGAUUGUGACUCAAUGAUCCUAUCAAUCUUCAUGUCGUAGUCAGUGUCGUGGGUGUAGCACACGUAUUUACACUGUUGCAGAUACCCCUGAUUAAUAAUAAACACCGUGAGUACUGUGAAUUGUUCAGUAUACACGAAUAUGUGCACUUGGAGCAUUUGUGAGGAGUUGAUACAAAAAAAAUUAAUUUGGUUGCAGCGGCGCACAUAAAAACAACAGGAGUUAUACAUAAAUUUCAUGAGCCUCAGACUCCCGGAACCCCCUAAAAAAUGCCGAGUAAUCCACUGACAAAUUUAUUAGAGCAGUACAACUCAGACACUGAUGACGAGGAUGGCCGCCAGUCGAGCAAAGUUUCGAAAACCAAGUGUCUGGAUAAAAAAGUCGACGACUUUCUGAAAGAAAUCCAGCACAUAACACCGACUAAUAACCAACCUGUGGGUCACAAAGAUCAGGAGGGCCAGAAGAGUGGAUCGCCCUGGCAGGAGUGUUUCGACGAUUCCACGGGUUACCCCUACUACUGGAACAUGCAAACUAAUCAAGUGACGUGGGAAAUUCCGAAGGAACUCGAGUCGAUGAAAAAGGGAAACAAUCAAGAUGCACCACAAACAUCAAGAGGAUUUCAGCCCUACGGGGCGCCGAGGCACAAUCCACCAAUGAACAGAUACAAAUUAUUGCAGGAUAAAAUACCAGAGGGGAUGAUACCAAAGGAAGUCGUUGAGAGAAGUAAAAAUAGAUUUAGGGAGAAGAAAAAACUGAUUGUCAAUGACAAAGUACAAAAGAAGAGCCGGAGUAGUUUUAACGAGAGUAGAGACAGUGAUUCUGAUGACGGGAGGAUAGAGAUGAUCACGUCCUUUGGGAGUGAUGGCAGUGAGACUGAGGAGGAAGACGACACUGUUUCUAAAUCCAAUAAUUCACCUGUAAAUAUUAAUUCUGAGUUGAGUAGUGCUGAUAGUAAGAAGCAAGACGUUAGGAUUGGGCCUAGUCUCCCGCAGUUUAAUGUAACCUGCAGCAGAGAGGAGAAUUCUAGGGAAAAUGGAGAUGAGAGGAGCGAUAGUUUAAUGAGUAAUAGUAAUAGGUGUCAAGCGAAUGUAAAUUUGGAGGAGCAGAGGAUGAACUUCUCGCUGGUCCCUGGUUAUGCUGAUGAUUCUGAUAAUGACGAUGAGUCUGUGGUGGAUAAAAGUCGCAAGACUUUGUUCCCCAUCACUGAAUUUGAGGAUAAAAACUCGGGGAUUGUUAGGAAAUUGGUGAAUCAUAAUUCGGUUGAAUCGAGCGAUUCGAGUUGUCCCAGUAAUGAUAAGAAGUCUGCGAAGAUUGAGGAGAAUUCGAAGACAAACAAGUUUCUGGAGACUUCUGAAGCACCCACGAAAGCAUUCCAGAGGAAACGACGGAUUGGAUUUGAUGUGAGGCCGAAAAAUGAAGUUAAAACUGUUGAGAAACAGAUUGAGUCCAGCAAUGACAGUGGUGAGCAGUCAGAGUUGAUCAGGGGGAAUGAUGAGAGACUGGGUUUUGGGUUCUCUAAGAGUCCGGUGGCUGUUGAAAGUACCGAAGACAAUACGAAUACUAAUGACUCGGACAAGAAGUCGACGGAGUCGGAGAAGAAUGAGAGUGGUAUUUCGUUUGUUCGGGGGGAAACGCUGAAUUUACCACCGGCUGUUAAUGAAAAAACUGAGACGGAGAAGAUUGAGACGAAGCAGGAGAUUGACAACAUUUUGGAAAAGUUGAAGUUCCUGUCGGAGGGGUUUCAAAGUGCGUCGGCGGUGCAGAUUAUGACUAUUCAGCUUCAGACACUUCUGACUGCCUGGGAAUCCGGUGACCUAAAGGAUCGUUACCUCGACAACUGGCUGAGUGGAACGAGCCGUGAACUAUGUCGUUUAGAAAAGGCAGCAGCCCCUUCGGGAUGGAACUGUCAGUGGGAUAGGUCUCAUAAACGGUACUAUUAUCAAAACGAAAGCACCGGUGAGACGAGGUGGAAUUAUCCGGAUGUUAUUGGGGGAGCAGAAGAGAUGGAACUGUGCACUACACCUCCACCAACGGAUAAUGAAGUUGAAGAGAUGGAGGAGGAUAAAAGUGGAAUCGUUAAUGGGGUUGAUGCAUCGAGAGUGGAGGGGACCAAGGGGGAUGUCGAUUUGGUGAUGAACGAGGCGAAACCACCAGAAAUCAAUGACGCAUCAAAGGAAAUGAUUCCCCCACCGCCACCACAAAUUUCUAGUCCAAGUCCACCGCCGCCACCGCGGAUCAAUGCGGAAGAUCUGAAAAAGGGAAAGAAAACUAAAAAAAAUGGUGAAGAUGAAAAACAAAUUACUGACGAUAAGACUUCCACCCCGGAAACUCCUGAGGUUUCGCUGGUGGUUCCACCGUUGGUGGGAUCAGAACCACUUCCACCUGGGGUUGACUCCCCGGAGAUAGCCUUCUCGAUUGCAGGACCUCAUCCGUCGAUCGAGCCCACUGUUAUUUUUGCUGCUACACCGCAGUCAACGAAUUCGCCGUCCAUGUACGCAGCAGCGACGAUACAGGAUCCAACGAGUGUUUCUAUCAUUGGACAUCAUCAUCCGGCGUUGCUUCAGAGCCAACUGGUGCACUAUCCAGCCUAUCAUCAGCACUUGCACAAUCAAGCAAUUCUCGCCGCCGCCAAUAGGCUCACCGGCCAGGACACAGUCCAGUUCGUCCUGGAUUUCCCCCGAAUCUACACAAAUACUCAAGUAAUAGCGAAACCACCGAUCACGACGAAUAAAGAGUCGCUGGGUUCGGCGCUCAACUCAUUCUACAGUGACAUUGCAUCAUUAGAGAGACCAGUGGAUGAACACCAAGCGAUUCCAUCGCCCCAAUUAAUUCCUGUUGAACCACAAUCCGUAGCAACAACGAUACCAGAAACGACGGAAAAAUUGUCAGUGGUCGCUGAUGCUUAUAAGGAAAAAAGAAAGAAGAAGGUGAAAAAUGUAGUCAGCAAAAAGCAAAAACAAGUGUCUUCGAUGGUAGCAAAGUGGCAAAAGGCUCAAAACUACGAGGGAUCCAAUUGAUACAAAGAAAUACCAGUUCUAAUAAAAUUCUACUCACACAUCAAAUACGAUAUUAUUUUGUAAUUCCCUCUCCUCGAUUAGUUUGUUGACAGUAACGAUUGUAUAAAGAUUGAGAAUAGAGGUAUAAAUAUUGAAGUUCACCAGUGUAGAAAGAGAAAAAACACGAAGGGAAAAAGAAAACAAAUAAUAUUUUUCAUUGGAAA